CCACGCAGGGUGCCGCCGGCUUCUGGGCUGAGCUCGGGCACAGCCAGGGCCACUCGGCCCCACGACCGGUGCGGCGGCGGCAGCAUGAGCACGGCGGCAGCGGUGGCGGUGGUGGCCCGCGGGGCCGGCGCAAGAGUGGUGGCGGCGGCGGCCCUGCGGGGAGGCUGCGGGACUGCGGCCCGGGGGUGGCCGCGCGCGGGCCCCGCUCGGCCCCUGAGCACGGCCCCCGGGACCGGCCCGGACCUGAAGCACUACCUGUGGGGACGCUACCGCCAGGCGAAGAGCAGCACCGAGGAAUUGGUUCCUUCAAUUAUGAGCAACUUGUUGAAUCCAGAUGCCAUUUUCUCGAACAAUGAAAUGAGCCUGUCGGACAUUGAAAUCUAUGGCUUUGAUUAUGACUACACCUUGGUGUUUUAUUCAAAGCACCUGCACACGCUGAUAUUUAAUGCUGCUCGGGACCUUCUCAUCAAUGAACACCGGUAUCCUGCGGAAAUCAGGAAGUAUGAGUAUGACCCAAAUUUUGCAAUUCGUGGACUUCAUUAUGAUGUACAGCGGGCAGUAUUGAUGAAGAUUGAUGCUUUUCAUUACAUUCAGCUGGGAACUGUCUACAGAGGCCUCAGUGUUGUCCCUGAUGAAGAAGUCAUUGAAAUGUAUGAGGGGUCCCACGUGCCCCUGGAACAGAUGAGCGACUUUUAUGGGAAGAGUUCUCACGGGAACACCAUGAAGCAGUUCAUGGACAUCUUCUCCCUGCCAGAGAUGACACUCCUGUCCUGCGUGAAUGAAUACUUCCUGCAUAACAACGUCGACUAUGAGCCCGUUCAUCUGUACAAAGAUGUCAAGGAUUCAAUUCGAGACGUCCACACCAAAGGAAUAAUGUACAGAGCCAUCGAAGCAGACAUUGAAAAGUACAUCUGCUAUGCUGAGCAGACCCGCGCAGUGUUGGCCAAACUGGCUGAUCAUGGCAAGAAGAUGUUUCUCAUCACCAAUAGCCCCAGUAGCUUUGUGGACAAAGGGAUGAGGUAUAUCGUUGGGAAAGACUGGAGGGACCUGUUUGAUGUUGUCAUCGUUCAGGCCGAAAAGCCAAACUUCUUUAAUGAUAAGCGGAGACCUUUCCGGAAGGUGAAUGAGAAAGGUGUCUUACUCUGGGAUAGAAUACACAAGUUGCAGAAAGGCCAGAUUUACAAGCAGGGUAAUUUAUAUGAAUUUUUGAAGCUUACUGGAUGGAGAGGAUCGAAAGUGUUAUAUUUUGGUGACCAUAUAUACAGUGACCUGGCGGACUUGACCUUAAAGCAUGGCUGGCGGACAGGUGCAAUUAUCCCGGAGUUGAGAUCCGAGCUCAAAAUCAUGAACACCGAGCAGUACAUCCAAACCAUGACCUGGCUACAGACCUUGACUGGGUUAUUGGAGCAGAUGCAGGUUCACAGAGAUGUUGAGUCGCAGCUGGUUUUGCAGGAGUGGAAAAAGGAGAGAAAGGACAUGAGGGAUAUGACCAAAAAUUUCUUCAAUGCCCAGUUUGGAAGCUUGUUCCGCACUGACCAGAACCCAACCUACUUCCUGAGGCGCCUGUCACGGUUUGCCGACAUCUACAUGGCCUCCCUGAGCUGUCUCUUGAACUAUGAUGUCAGCCACACGUUCUACCCCCGGAGGACUCCGCUGCAGCACGAGCUGCCCGCGUGGUCUGACCAGCCCUUGGCCUCCCCGGCCCCGCUCCUGCGGAAGGCCCAGGCCGAGUGACCCAAGGCCACUGUGGAAGACACCAGAACAGCUGCAGUCCCAGAUCGGACGGACACGACGGGGUUGACUUUGUGUGGGUCUGUUUGUGUGGGUGCUGCUUUCUGAAAGGAGACGAAUGUGUAUGCCUUUGGAUGUUUAUGUCAUACCUUUCAGAGAAGACUCCCCAGGUCAUUAAGACGGGAGCUGGCGAUCCCCCCCGACCCGGCUUCCUGCUGAAACUUGGAUUCAGCCUUUUUGUUUCCUGAAGCCUGGAGCUGACCUCAGCUUUUCUGCUGUAGGUGAGACCAAUGGGUGCCGUCUCCCUUCCAGCAGGCCACGUUUGGAAACUCUUUAUGACUCCUCCAUGGACUGCUUGCCGGUAUGCGUGAGGAGCUGCAGGGCACAGUGACACGCAGAGAUAAGCUACUUGCAGAGAGCUGGUGACGGUGGCAGGACGCAGCUGCACAUAGCAGAGAUGAUCCCAACACGGCAGCCACUGUCUGAGUCAUUCGGCACUGAGGGUUGGCAUUCUGAUGCGUGGUGUCAAAGAGCACCCAGCCUCCCUGGAAAGACUUCCAUGAGAAAGGAAAAGAGAGGUGGCAACCGCUGGAUGCUUUUCUCCUUGGUGUGCGCCUCUUGUGCUUGCUGGGGAAGGCCACAGGGGCACCAAGCGACGGCGAGUUCCCUUUUCCCCAGGGUAGGAGGGCAGGGAGAAAAGGGUUCGGGUUCACAUUGUUUUCCAGCUAGCAGAGCAGCCUUCGUAGAAAGGAGCAGAUCAGAAGAACCCGAGCAGUUGUAGUAGGUCUCCCAGGAGCAUUUUCACCCCGAAGUGCUGCCUGAGUGUUGGUUGAAUGUGCUCAUUGGAAGAAAGAAAAUGAAACAGGAAAAAAUGUCCUUGUGAUGAAAUGCCACUCCAUCAGCUGGUUUGAAUUGGAAUCUUGUUAAAACAUGUGCAUUACCUGAAACAGGCCUCAUCUGGAGGGAGACACAAGGUGCAUGCUUCUCUCUCAUGAAUUAUCAACUGAGAGAGAGAGAGAGGUGCUUAAGUUCAGCAGGGGAGGAGCGGGGAGACAUCUCCAGCCCUCUCCUCCCCUUAGAUUUCUUUACUGCUGUGUUUGUGUGGCCGCUUUGGAGUUGGGUGUUUCAGGUGGGAGAGGAUGAAAGACAUUGCAGCUAAAAAAGAGUUAGAAGUCACCUAGCUAACUGACCUUUUUAAUUUCGUUCUAAAGGCAAUGCAAGUGAUAUGUAUUCUUUGUUUCUUGAGGAAGAAUCUUUUAAUACAUGUGUAUUUACAAUAUCUUUCAACAUAAAGUACAUAUUUACUGCACUGAGUGCUAUAGGACUGUCUGCUGUUAUUAGUUACGGUACUGCUAACAAUAUUUUAAUUGCACAUGCUGCAUAAAUACUUCUGUUCAGAUUAGCCUAAUCUGUAUUAGCGUUAGUAUCGCCAAAACUCAUUUUAAUCUUUUUAUGUAACAUGGCAUAUAUUCUUAAAUCUAAAGAUGGCAGGAACACGAAGUGGGCUUGUGGAGAGUGCUUGCUUAUGCAGAAUUUUUAUUGUAAGAAAUGUAUCAUGUCCAGCUAUUGACAAAAUGCUAGCUUGGCAUUCCAUGGGCUACUGCCGAAAUGCAGGAAUCAAAUGAGUUAUAUAGCAUCCUUUGUAAUGCCACUUGUUAUAAUGGCAUUUUACUUGUGACAUUUUGUUGUAUUUGUUUAUAAUGCUGAAGGUGAUCCUCUAGACCCAAUUAUGCUCCUUUUUUUUCCUUCUACUUUUUAUUAUGAACACAGGUAGGCACAGUAAUAUGUUCCUUUUUUGGACUGGGGUAGGUGUUUUGUUUGUUUGCUUCUAGGUGUUUUAACCAUCAUAGUGUACUGGGGGCAGGCAUUUAAUGGGUGCAGGUGACACCCAGAACUGCUCAGUGAUGGGUCCUAAAAGUAUGCUGGUGUUCUUGGCUUAUAAUUUCUGCUUUGGAGAAGCAGAGUGAGGAAGCAGGUAUUUUUUAAAAGUUCUUGCUUUUUAUUGAAUCAGAUAUUCAUUGACUGUCUGCUAGGUGCCAGUAACAGGGUGUUUUGUUUACUCAGGAAUGAAGUAGAACUAUUUUUAAAAUCUACUCUUGUGAAUGUGUUUGUUAGGUGACCUAAGCCUUGGGGGAGAAGUAUAUUUUCUGGGCAUGAAUAUGAAUUUUACAAUUUUUUUUUCCCAUUUAGGAGGGUUUCAGUCUCUGGGCCAUUGAGCUUGGCAGUCUUGAAAUCUGCCAUGCGGCAGAGGCCUGGCAUCUGUCGCACUAGGGCCCGCUGACUGUGGACCUGGUGACUGCAUACCCGUGCCACAGCAGCACAUGGGGCAGCACGGCCAUCUCCAUAUGAAGGACAGGGGUUUCCCACUUCAUUAUUUAUCCUGUCUACGCUCAGUCAAGAUGGCUUUGAACUUGUCACUGUCAUGACUCUUAAGUGGAUCUGGCAUUUUGUUUUUCCACUUCGUUCUCUGGUGUGCACGUUGAUGAAUGCAUAUUGGUACAAAGGAAGUAAAUCUGUUUUCUAUAAUUUAAAAAAUCAAUUUGUAAUGCAAACAAUAAAAUUAGCUUGAACAUUUUAAAAAUUACUGUUUUUAAGAUUACUUGGACUUUCUCAGAAUUAUGUGAACAAAGAUUCAUUGUCCAGGGGCAUUCUACGCCUGCUAUGAUAGUGCAGCAAGUCUCUUGGUACCCAUGGCAGGUCCCCUUGGAAAGGACUCACCCAACUGGUUCUUUCCAGAGUUGCUUUUACAGAUGAACUGUGGCUUUGAAAAUAUUUUAAGUGUUUGUCUUAGAGCUCUUCACUGCAUCCUGAAUGGAAAAUAUAGGAAAAUGGUCAGGGUCCCUGAAAUGUUCAGCGUCUUGCCGAACAUUUGAUGUAAACACUGUGUGCCCAGGUGUUCCUUGGUUAUUGUCUAAUAUAACUGCGCAUGUGUGCCCAGGUGUUCUGGGUUAUCAGACUUAAGUAUAAAGAACGAGUGGUUGUGAUCCACAGCACACCUCACCCCUGGGAUGCCCCUGGGGGAGCUACGGGCAGGCUGCCACCAUUACUACUGCUGCUGCUGCCGCCGCCAAGGAAGCUGAAGGCUGAACUCAUGUUGUAUGCCAGUGGCUCCCGGGAUCUUUUCCCAAUUACCUAGCAUGGGCCUGUGUGUGAGGGGUCCGGUGACCCAGUCUGUUCAACGGGUUUGAAGGGUUUGUGGGCCCUAACCUCUAGCCCAGACAGUGCAAAUGGAAAACUUAGUGUAACUAAAAAAAUGAAACAUUUUGGGUUUAUAGUUAUAAAUUGCUUAGCCAUAUAAUUGGCGUAGUUACUUAGCAAUACACCUCCUAACAUAUCCUUUUUCUUUUUUUUCUUUUUUUUUUUUUUUUUCAGUUUUUACUCGAGCUCCAUUUUCUGCUAUCACCAGUAAUACCAUGUAACAAACCACUUGCUACUGAUUCGGGCAUAUCUCAGACGAAAUGACUAGCUGCUUUGAAUGGGCUGGCUCUCUUAUUGCAAAGGAGAAAUGAAAAGUAAUCUUGACCCCUAACUGUAAUUUAGCUUUGGGUGAACUAAAUGGCUUUUCUUCUCUGCUUCUCCCAAAAGGCCUUUUAAGCAGCAGAGAGCGGGCUAAGAAUUCUACUUCGCCUAGCGAAUGCUCAUUUGCUGCUGCUCACUCACUCAGGGGCCCUUGUCUAGAAUUCCCUAAGACUAAACUUGGCCAGACACAGGGUCCCUUGAUUGCUCUGUUCAACUACUAGAGCCUUUUUGUGUUUUUUCCUUUUUUGCCAAUUUCCUUUUAUUUAUUUUUUGCUUUAGCAUUUGGGAGCUUGGCUUAAAUUCAACUCACCUUUGACACCAGCAGCAGGUUAAGGGAAGAGAAGUUUCUCUAAUGCAGGGUUGGCAAACUUUUCCCUUAAAGGGCCAGCCAGGAAAUAAUUUCAGCUUUGCAGGCUGUUUGUUGUCGCUGCUCUGGGAAUGGGUAUGGCUGUGUUCUAUUGCAAAACGAUUUACCAAAACAGGUGUGGUUGGCUGGCCCCUUCUCUAAUGGCUUGUGUUGGUGGCAAUGGCAAGAUUUCCUUGCUGAGAACGUGUAGAUGAAUGACCUCAUGGCUUGGAUGCAGGCAGUAGAAAGAAAUUCUGUAGGCAAGUGUGCCAUGUCCCCUUAAGAGCUACUUUCUGGGCAUAUAUGCGUGUAUGGCCAGUGGUAAAAUACCGUGUUCCCAGCACAUGUCAUAAUCGCUUCAUUGUGUGUACUUGAGCUGCCAGGCUCUGGUACUCAUUGAAUAUACCUCUCAUUGCACUAGUUUGUAAUUGUGCUAGUAUUGGGUGCUGGGCUUGGCUGCCCAGGUAACCCUCAGGACCGAAGCAUUUACUCCUGCAGCUGCUGGGGUGCUGCUGGCUGACCGUUUGCAGCUGUCAGUCCUCUUUGGGAGUUUCCCCUGAUGAAGAGCCCUGCCUCGCCCCAGGUCAUGCUCCCUUGACUGCUCCAUGCGGAGGUGCAAAGGCCUGGCCUCCCCACCCCUACUCGAGAAAACUGUGUAGACAAUCUCAGCUCCAGAGUUCCCACGCGGCCCCCUGCCAGUCCUGCUUCCUCCCCUCCCUUCCCCUUCCCAAGUGCAAUCCCAGCAGCACUCCCCCUUAGGUCCUCAGUGGUAGUGCUUCUGUACUUUUCCAGUCCUGCAGACUUGACCUGUGACUUAGGAGAUGGUUUUCUAAUUAUGUAGUACAAUGACAAAUUAUGUCUGUGUAUCAGACACAAUAAAUGCAAGUUAGGUAGACUCACUGUUCUGAAUGUGAAUUUGCUAUUUAUUCUAAAUGUUGAUUAUAUGUGUUACGUGAUAUUGAACUUAUUGCCAAAUAAAAAUUUGAAUAGUAUCA